CCCAUGUGACGUUCUGCCUUUUUUAACGCAUCUUUGCUCUCGCUUCCCCCCAUCUCUACUUAUCUGAAAUUUGUACUCUCAUCUCCAGAAAGAACUAUUCCCACUUCUUGAGAAAGCAUUUUAUUUUUUGGUACUAAAAUAUAAAGAAGAAGAAAAAGAAGAUUCUUAUACUUUUAAGAGUUUUCACAAUGUGGGAAUCAGAGACCGAGUCUGUCAGUGGGCAAGACUAUGCCGCCGCCGCCGCCAAUGGAGUUCUCACCACCACCAGACCCGGUGUCAAGACUGAUGGUUUUGAGCAAAGAGGGCAAUCUUGGUAUGUUGCAACUGAUGUCCCAAGUGACCUUUUAGUUCAAAUUGGAGAUGCUAGUUUCCAUUUACACAAGUAUCCUCUGCUUUCCAGGAGCGGAAAGAUGAACAGACUUAUUUAUGAAUCAAGGGAUACAGAUUUGAGCAAGAUAACCCUAGACGAGCUUCCAGGUGGACCGGAAUCCUUCGAGCUAGCCGCGAAGUUCUGCUAUGGAAUCGCAGUUGAUCUAACGGCGACCAACAUCUCCGGCUUACGAUGCACGGCGGAGUAUCUCGAAAUGACGGAGGAUUUGGAGGAAGGCAACCUGAUAUUCAAGACCGAAGCAUUUCUCAGCUACGUGGUGUUAUCCUCAUGGAGAGACUCCAUAGUCGUGCUGAAAAGCUGCGAGAAGCUAUCGCCGUGGGCGGAGAAUCUCCAAAUCGUACGGAGAUGCAGCGAGUCCAUAGCGUGGAAAGCCAGCGCGAAUCCGAAAGGGAUAAGGUGGCAGUACACGGGGAAGCUUCCAGUAACUUCCAGCCCUAAAUGGAACGAAAUGAAGGAAUCGAGCCCUAACAGAUCCAAUCAAGUCCCGCCCGAUUGGUGGUUCGAGGACGUUUCGAUCCUCCGGAUUGACCAUUUCGUGAGAGUGGUAACCGCCAUCAAAGUAAAAGGGAUGCGGCACGAACUGAUCGGCGCAUCGAUCAUUCACUACGCAUCCAAAUGGCUCCCCGGCUUGAUCAAAGAGGGCACCCCCUCCGGAUCCAUCGAAGAAGGCAGCAACAGCAGCGGCAGCUGGAAAGGCGGCGGGCUGUACAUGGUCGUGGCCGGAACCAGAGACGACACGCCGACGAUCCACGCAAAAGACCAGAGAAUGAUCAUCGAGAGCCUGAUCAGCAUCAUCCCGCCGCAGAAGGACAGCGUGACGUGCAGCUUUCUUCUCCGGCUGCUGAGAAUGGCGAGCAUGCUGAAAGUGGCUCCGGCGUUGGUGACGGAAUUGGAGAAAAGGGUGGGGAUGCAGUUCGAGCAGGCCACGCUUGCGGACCUUCUCAUACCUUCAUACAACAAGACGGAGACUCUGUACGACGUUGACCUGGUCCAGAGGCUUUUGGAGCAUUUUCUUGUUCAGGAGCAGACUGAGAGUUGCAGUCCGACCAGAAGUUCAUUUUCCGAUAAGCAUAUGCAUCACGAUGGGAAUCAGAGGGGGAGCAAUUUAAACGCGAAGAUGAGGGUGGCUAAGCUUGUGGACAGCUAUCUUACUGAAGUGUCCAGGGACAGAUCUUUAUCGUUGACGAAGUUUCAGGUUCUUGCUGAGGCUUUGCCAGAGUCAGCCAGAACCUGUGACGAUGGCCUCUAUCGAGCCAUUGACUCCUAUCUUAAGGCACACCCGACGCUAUCAGAACACGAGAGGAAGAGACUGUGCCGUGUCAUGGAUUGCCAGAAACUGUCCAUUGACGCGUGCAUGCACGCUGCUCAAAACGAGAGGCUCCCACUCAGAGUGGUGGUGCAAGUCCUCUUCUCCGAGCAGGUCAAGAUAAGUAACGCCAUUGCCAAUAAUGCCCUCAAAGAUUCUUCCGCAGACUCUCACUACCAGCCCCUCGUUUCAAACCGCAAAACCUUGCUAGAAGCAACACCUCAGUCGUUCCAGGAAGGCUGGGCAACCGCAAAGAAGGACAUCAACACUCUCAAGUUUGAACUCGAGACUGUCAAGUCAAAGUACUCGGAGCUCCAAUGUGAGAUGGAGAAUUUACAAAGGCAGUUUGAUAAGGUGGCGAAGCCAAAACCGGGAUCCGCGUGGACUGCAGGGUGGAAGAAGCUGAGCAAGUUGACCAAAAUGCCCAAUUCAGAUAACCAAGAGGUGGGCACUCCAGUUGGUAAUGCAGAGCAGCCUAGAAAGCCACCUAGAAGGUGGAGGAAUUCCAUUUCCUAAAGAAUUUGUGAACAAAUGCAUCUCAGUUUCUGUUUACAUAACUGCUUCUUAAGAUUGGCUUUUUAUUUUUCCCACUUUUGUUCAUAACAAGCAUCUAAGAAAGUAGGCAUUAUAAGUUCAUUCAUUCAUCAAAAUCUGCAUGUUCUUUAGAGGGUUCAAUGUAAUCGCUGCAGUUGCACUUUCACAUUAAUUAACAUAUAUUUCAUAUUGUUGUCAGAACUAGAAACGGCUCACUAUCAUUCUACAAUUCGGUUGCCAAAUGAAUGUAUGUGGAUUUGACACAGACAGGUUCCUGGUUCCAGUUUAGUCCAGAACUAGUUCACUCCUCAUCUUACGUUGUCUCACACCGAUCAGUUGUGCCAAUCAGUUGUGAAGAUACAAUGUCACAUACAAGGAUUUGUGUUGUUCUCAGACAAGAUUUGUACUUGGAGAGGUUAUUUCUGAAGAUAAAAAUAAAUAAAUAAAUAAAUCAUUAC